AUGGCCAAUUCAUGGAGGUUAGGGCGAGUGCUGGAGCUGGCAGGCUACGUUGUUUUCUUCGGGAUUUCCCUCUGGCACAUCCCGAACGUUUGUUCGCCAAUGUGGCUGAAGGAGUGUAUGGACAAACGCUCCUGCGGAAGGUUUCUGCGACAGGGAUGGUUGGGUCAAACACUCGACGGGGCCGACGACCAGUGGCGGGAGCUCCGAGACAGCCUGCCGCUUCUUUUCGCGGCCAUCGCUGCCCACGGUUUGCUUAGUUUGCUCGUACGCAAGACAUGCCCUCAAGAGGGUGCCCAGCAGGUAAUGCAGAAGGCCGGGAUGACAAAUACUCAAACGAAGAUAAACACCUGCACCAGCAUUGCGGCCGACAAGAGCGAUGCAGCAGCCAAUGCUCCGGCAACAUCGCCACAGCCUGCGUUCCUACCGAUGGGAAAACUAGGUCGGCGAAGAGCCUUACUUAAUGCGGCUGUCAGCGUCGUGUUCCUGGCCGUGCUCCACGGAGCUCCCGCAGUCUUUCCGGUGGCCUUGUUGUGUGGAGCUUUUUGGGUCGGACACGCGCUCAAAGGGACAAGGCUUGCACUGCCAGCGAUUUGGGUUAUUGCCGUCGUUUAUAUCUGGCUCAAGGAGAAAUGGUACGGGUUGCUCACGUUCGAGGCGGUGCUCGGGAAGGGCUUUGCUGGGCUGGAUGGGCUUCAAGGGCUCCACCCGUGGCGGUUGUCAUUUAACCUUGUUGUGCUUCGCAUCGUGAGCUUUAAUGUGGAUCUUCACUGGGCGGAGGUUCAGAGGAGGCGGCAAGGUUCUAGCGCAGGAGCGCCCAUGGACAGCGAUGAUAAGCGACUAGAGCGAAAAGAGAUCGACGUGCACGACUACUCAUCGAGAGUUUCGGCACACCGCCCUUUGGCCGAGUACUCCCUUGGACACUGCCUCUGCUACGCGUUCUACGCCCCCCUUUACCUGGCCGGGCCUACCGUAACAUUCAAUGCCUUCGUAUCUCACAUGGCUUGCCCACAGAAGUCCUACGGCCGAUCGCGCAUGCUGUUCUACCUCGCGCGGUUUGUUUUCGCGCUGUUACUGUUGGAGUGGAGUGUCCACAACCUGCCGGUCUUCGCGCUUGCCCGCUCAGGGUCUCUCAACUUCAGCCCUACGAUCUUGGGGCUGUUUGCUUACACCAUCUUGCUCAUCAUGUGGCUCAAAUUCCUUGUGAUAUGGAGGCUUUUCCGGUUCUGGGCCCUCUGUGACGGGGUCGAGCCCCCGGAGAACAUGCAGAGGUGCAUGACCAACAACUACUCGGUGGUGGGCUUCUGGAAAGGAUGGCACUGCAGCUUCAACAGGUGGCUAGUCCGCUACAUUUUCAUCCCCUUGGGGGGCUCCAAACCAGGAAGGCGGUGGAACGUGUUCGUUGUGUUCGUUUUCGUGGCCUUCUGGCACGACGUGGAGCCCAAGCUGUUUUUGUGGGGCCUGUUGAAUGGCGUCUUCCUUGUGCUGGAGACGACGAUCAAGGGCCUGUAUCGAAACAGCACCGCGCUCGAAAGCUGUCGAGCCAACCCGCUGAGCAACAGGAUGAUCGAGGCGUUAGGCGCGACUUCGAACGUGAUGGCGCUGAUCCUGGUCAACAUGAUCGGCUACGCCGUGGGCAUAAAGGGGGCGGGUCACGUGGCUGGGGGAAUUUUUCUCGAAAGGGAAGCACUGAUUGCUGUGGCAUUGAGCUUCAUGUUUGUCUUCAGCGGGGUGCAGCUCAUGUUUUUCAUAGAGGAAGCAAGGCAAGGAGGAAAGAAGAAGCUCAACGAACCUGCUCAUUCCUACAAGAAGAUCGACAAGUCGUGAUGGCUCAAUACGCAAGCGUCGUGCUGCGGUUGUCGCUUCACGCAAUGUGUGCGGGUGUAGUUGGUCUCAGCAUCGGCAUCGUCGGGAUACAUACCUUGUCCUCGUGCAGGAGAGUAGCACUAGCCACGUGAGGAACGGGAGGCAUGCACGCUCGGAAACCGAGUGCGCCACACCAGGACGGCGUUCUAAUGUAGUUUGGUGUCUAAUACCAAAAAUGGGUUGACUUC